UGGGAACGAUGUUGUCACUGCUGUGUUAAUAAGUGCAAUAUUGCGAAUGUAAUUAAUCGAUUCCCAAUUCACUAUGUUUCGAAGUAAAUCCAAGAAGCGUUCCCAGUCGCAGACAUCCUCGGCUGAACACAGUCCAGAGGAUAGACCGAACGAGCAACAUAGUUCAGACAAGGCAAAUAACAGGAGUCCGAGUCAUGGGUCCGGUAAUAAAUUGUUCAGUGGUUCUCUACCGAAAAAUCUUUUCUCCAGGUCGAGGAGGAGUUCUGGUGGAUCAAAAGAUGACAAGAAACAAGGAAACCAAGGAUCUAAUAGUGCAAUCAAUCUUCCAAAUGAGACAAUGCAGUCCUUCACAGCUGGGUACCCCAGUAUGAAUCAUGGGUCCAGCUACAGUAUGGUAGAUGGUAUCGGUAGCGCCAACACCAUGCCAUCACCUAGCUCAUCCAAAAGUCCCUACAGUAGUCCUACAAACAGUAAUACAAAUAGUCUUAAUGUAAGAGCUUUAAAGGAUCGAUACGAACGAGAUCACCAGCAUGGACUUUUCAUGGGUGAACGAUCAUUGGAACGAAAUUUAGAUAGGUUACAACUCUCUGCACGAGGAGAUAUAGGUAUUAGUCCUGCGGGAAGUCCAAGAUCUUCAUUAGGUUUUUCUGCGAAUAACAAAUGUGAUAGGUCCAUAGAUAGAGAAUACCCUCACAUGGGUGCAAGGUCGUUGGAACGUUCAGAACAGCCCUUUGGAAGAUCAAGGUCAUCAGAGAGACCAGAUUAUACGACACAAUUGUUUAAUUCUCAGGAAAUGAAACAUUAUCGUGACCAAGAUAUGAGAAGUUUUAGGGAUACUUUGAUAUUAGAUUUUCAAGCCCAAAUAGCUGAUUUGAACAAAGAAUGUGCCAAAAUGCAGCAGGAGUUAGAUUCUACAAAGGAUAAACUGAGUUCCAGUAUGAAUAGCAUUAAAACAUUUUGGAGUCCUGAAUUGAAAAAGGAGAGAGCGUUAAGAAAAGAAGAAAGUGCCAAAUAUUGCUUGUUGAAUGAACAAUUGAAGGUAGCACAAGCAGAAUUCAAGAAACAAUCAUCUACCAUCAAGGAUUUGGAGUCAAAGCUGUUUGGAUGUGAAGAUGUUGAUGUCAGUCGUCAAAUAUCACAACAAGAAAUCGAAAUUUUACAACGGGAAAAAGACAAACAAUCCAAAGAGAUUGUGAUCCUGAAAAAGACAGUGGAAGAAAUGGAGAUUCGAAUCGAAACACAAAAGCAGACAUUAUCCGCGAGAGAUGAAAGUAUUAAAAAAUUGUUAGAAAUGUUACAAAGCAAGGGAUUGUCUAGUUCUGCCCAAAAGAUAGAAGCUGAACGACAAGAAAUGGAAAAAUUACAAACAUCAGUCAUCGAAGGUGAAAGAAAGGUUCGACAACUACAGUCUACACUUGGUCAUAGAGAGAGAGAUCUCACUGAGUCGAAAGAGGAAAACAGCCACCUGCGAGAUGAAUUGGAACAGAUUAAGGUCCAGUUGAAACAGCAACCAGCCAGCACACAUACUAUGCAAGCCAUGCUGGAAGCCAAGGAUGGAAGGAUUUUAGCACUAGAGAGGGAGGUACAGAGUCUAGAGGACAAACUGAUGAGGCUCCAGGAGGAAGGAACCGGAACAACGGAGAGCCAGAAAAAGGAUGGUAGUCUGAAAGAUUCUCUGUCCAGCAAGGAAAAGUCUCUGAGGAAUGAGAUUGAACACCUUAAGAAGGAUUUGGCGAAUAAAGACACAGAGAUACUUGGGCUGAAAUUAAAGGUUGAGGCAUCAAAGAGUCAGAACACAGAGCAGGUUCAGUAUGUGGAUCUGCUCAAGGAUCAAAUCAGUGCAAAGGAGAAACACAUCAGCAUGUUGCAGGCAGAUAUUGAAGAUCUCCGAGAGCGUUUAAAGGAUAAAGACUCCACGAUAGAUAGAAAGGCCAAGCAUUCCCACAACUUGCAAACCGAGAAGAGGAAGAUCGAGGGUGAAAUUGGGGAACUUAAAGACCAGAUUGAGAUCAAGGACAGGAAGAUCAGUAUGCUGCAACGGAAGAUUGAAGUGGCGGAAGAAUCCAUAGAUAAUAAGGAUGAUGAGAUUCAGCGUCUCAAGUCUGUGGCUGCAGCAGCUACUGUUGCCAUGGAUUCCUUCUCAUCUGACAGUGCUAUCUCCUCCAUGGAAGAGUCUCUGAAUGAUAAAGACAGACAAAUAGAGAAAUUAAAGGACCUCCGUGAGAAAACUGACUUGGAGCAUCAAGAAGAAUGUGAUAUGUACAUUAAAACUAACCAGAAUCUGAAGGCAAGACUAGAUGAUCUACAGCUAGAGCUAACCAAUAAACAGACUGAGCUGUUUGAGCUGAGGGAGCAGGCAACUGUAGCUAGUGAAGAGAAGUUCCAGUUGGAGAACAAAGUCCGACAGCUAGAUCAUGAUUUACAAACAAAGAGAGAUCGUCAGAAAGAACUAGAUACACAACUGGAAGAGCUCAAAAAGGGUGUUCCUGAAACAAAGAAUCUGGAGUCCUUUGAGAGGCAAGUAACUGAGAUGACAUCCCAGCUCGAACAAGCUCGUAAUGAGGUAAAUAAGGCACAUGCUGAAGCAGAUCGUCUUCAGGGAAUUGUCAAGGAGGCGGAGGCAGAAAAGUCUGAUAAAGAUGCCCAGAUCACCGAAUUACAGGACAUCAUCAAGGAGUACAAACAAAAGGUUGGCACACUGAAGAGGAACAAACAGGCUGAGAAGAAGAAAAGUGCACAUCUUUUGGAAGAAGCACGAAAGCGGGAGGGAGAUCUUAGUGAUGAUGCCACCCAGCUACAGGACAAGCUGGUAUCCCAGGCAGACAGGAUAGAGGAGUUGGAGGAAGCAUUGAAGGAAAGUGUGAAGAUCACAGCGGAAAGGGAGAUGGCAAUGGUUGAAGUGCAGGCUCAGCUGGAUGACACAAAAGAAAAGAUUUCUGAGGUCACACUAGAACUCAACAGACAAAAGUCCCUUGAACAGUCAGAGAAGCUGAUUCUACUGAACAAGCAGCUGGAAGAGAAGGACCAUAAGCUCAAACGUCUGAUGUCAGAACGUCACAAACAUCUGGAGGAGGUGUAUGAAAUGAAACAAGAAGCUAUACAAGCAGCUAUCAGUGAGAAAGAUGCAAACAUAGCUCUGUUGGAAAUGACAAGUACAAAGAAACAGCGAAAUAAUGAGGAAAUAGAUAAAUUAAACAAAGAAAAGGAGAAACUGCAGAAUCAACUUAAAGAAGUGACACAAAAUCGCAUGAAGUUAAUCCACAGACAGGAAAAGAAAGCUCAUCGGAGGCGAGGUUCUACACCAGACAAAUCAGAAUCCUACACAUCAAGAGGCUCUACUCCAGAUAAGUCAGAUCCUUAUGUGUUGACUGCUCCUGAAUCUCUUGACCCCGAUCUUCUACCAUCAUCUACUGCCGCCACUGAUGCUUCAUGAGUCAUCUCCCUUUGAUGAAAUCUUCAGUCAUUAUAUACAUAUAUAUAUAUACAUGUAAAAUAUAUAUCUCCUUCUUAUGCAACCAAAUGAAUAUUCCUAUAACAUGUAUAUAAAACUAUACUUAGUCUUUGUGCCAAGAUGCUUGAUAUCUACCUUGAGUAUAUAUACUCUGGCAUUUUCCAAACAUAUGGAAUACAUGUAUAUCUCCAUUUUUGCUUUAAUAAAAUACAGUGGUAAAACUGUAAAUGAUGUAGGAUGCUUGGUGUAAUAGAUGGAUAGUCACAGUACAUUUAGGUGUGAAAGUGUACAAACGAUAACAAGCCAUAUAAAAAUAAUAGAAUUAUGUGAAUACUAUGUUUUUGAAGGUUGACUAUGAAUUUAUCCCAGAAAUCCUGUCAACUUUACUGAGAUAGGUUUGAAUAUUCUGCUUCUUGUGAUUAAUUAUGGUUGCUAGUAGUUACAAAUUCCUAGGGUUUUUAGACGGCAAGCCAUAGCCAAGCUUGUGUCUACCCAGUUUGUAUGUCGUCUUGCCUUUUUCUAUCCACCGGCUGGUGUUCUGCAUAAAUUAUGGUAAAACCUGUCUGUCAAGAUCGUUCAAGGGAAAGAGGUAAAUAUGGUAUUAAUACUCAGGUGAUACAUGUAUUUAUGAAUUGGUUGUCAUUGAUAAAACAAAUAAGUGUGUGCUCAUGUGGUCCUAAUAGACAGGUUUCACUGUAUGUGAUAUUAGAAUUGUUACCCUUUAAUCUCCAAAUGAAACUUUUUUUAGUGAACUUUUAUUCAUAGAUAUACACUGUAAUGAAUAUUGCAUAAAAUUUUACUCCUCAUUUUCAAUCUUGUAUAUUAUGCCUUUUUUUUAAUUUCUUUAAUUUACAGUAUUUUUUGCAUAAUGUGUUCUGUACCUGGAUAUGAAUGGAAGGUUGUGGUCUGUUGAUUGCGUGUUACUGGACAUGAUAUAUGUCAUGUGUCAGUUUUUUUUGGACAGACAAUUCUCUGAGAGGAUUGAUAGUUAUGAAGUUUAGGAAGUCUUCUCAUGACUUCAUAUAGUAUUAUCAGCUUCAAAGUUGAACCCCCUUCAGCUUACACUCAAAUUACACAUUUCAGAAAAAAGAAAUAUAAAAAUACAGUACAUGAGGUAUAUUAAGCUUCUUCAUCAUCAGUCAUAUUUAAGAUUUUUAAAUACCAUACCUUAUCUGAAAACAAAUUUUUGAGAAAUAUUAUCAGUGUCUAAUUUUUUCAUGUUUCUGCAUUGAUUUCUGCAAAUCCAAACUUUGUAGUCUGUUUCACUUUAAAGCACCAGUCUUUUGUCUUGGUCCAAAUUCAGUUUCCUGUGUAAUUUACUACGCCUUCAAACUUAAUUAGCCAUCUGGAUCAUAACAACUAUGAUAACAUUGAGGAUUCACAUGACAGUAUGUAACAAGAGCCUAGUACCAAUAUAUAUCACGUCCAUGUCAUUUAACCUUGACCUUUAGUUGUGAUUUACUUGUAUAAUGUAUUAAGAAAUUACUAUUUAAUAAGACAUACCUAUCUGUGUAUAUUGCUUUAGACUAUUUUUAUCAGUUGAAUUGUAGAACAUUUUUAGGAUGAAUUUAAUUUUAAAAAUAUUUAAUUUAAUUUUGUUUCUUAUCUAUUGCAUGCAUAAUUUUUAUGUUAUUUUAUUAUUUGUAUGUUAAGACAGUGUAAACAUGUACAGUGCUUCAGUCUUUAUGCAGCCUGUUGGUUCCUUCAAUCACAUCUUAAUAAUGUUACAGCUAUACAAAGCAUGUUGGUUCCUUCAGUCAUUAUAUGAACGAUGUGACAGAUAAACACAGCUUGUUCUUAACUUCAGUCAUUAUCUGAACGAUGUGACAGAUAAACACAGCUUGUUCAUUACUUCAGUCAUUAUCGGAACGAUGAGACAGAUAAACACAGCUUGUUAAUUACUUCAGUCAUUAUCUGAACGAUUGACGGAUAAACACAGCUUGUUCAUUACUUCAGUCACUAUCUGAACGAUGUGACAGAUAAACACAGCUUGUUCAUUAUUUAAGUCAUUAUCUGAAUAAUUUGAAGAUGGUAAUUGAUCAACACACCUGUUUGUUAUAUUUCCAUAUUUGACCAGGUUCAUGUUUUGGAAGACUAUCUCCUGCACUGUCCAUUUUCAGAACAUUAGCCCCCUGGACUUACAUCUAGUAAAAUAUGAUACUUAAAUCAUCAGACUUACCUGUAAUGUCUGUGUUCAUAUUUCAGAUAAAAGUACCAUGAUAAAAGCAGAAACUGAAUAAUGAGCCCUCGAAUGAAGUCUUGUCAUUUUAUGGUUUCCAGUAGCAAUUAUAAUGUUAUUUUUUUAUCAUUAAGAAAUUCCAAAUCUCAGAGUUAUGCUUUUACAAUAUCUUCAGGAUGAAUUGAUUUAGUGAUUGAUCAAAUCACUAUUUUGCUAAUUUAACAGUUAUGACUCUCAUCAAAAUUCUGAAAGCAACAGCUAUUAGUUGGGAAGAAAUGCUGGGGCGUGCAAUGUAGGAGACUGGUCACCAUUAAUGACCAGUAUACUAACAGCUGCUUAACCUCCAUUGCUUUAACUAGACAUUUGGCUGAAAUGAAAUCGAAAAUGCCAUUACUUAGGUAAAAUCUUUCUGAGAAGUUGACAGUGUUUAAAGAUCAAAUUGUCUUAAAUUCACAUGUAUGUUUUUGAAGUCAGACAUGGUGUUGAUUGGCUGUAGACAUUUUCAAAUAAAACAAACUCUUCAAAUGGGAUAUUAAAAGUUAUUUCUUUUAAUUUCUUGUAUAAAAUAUAAAAAAGACAUGACUACAAGAGCAGCUGACAUAAAAAAAAUCACCUUUGAAAUAUAAUUUCUAGCGUAUUGCUUCCUUGCAAUUAAAUUAAAUUUAAAUGAAAUAGUGUGAAGUCAUAGUAUGUAAACAUUGAAUUUUAUAGAUACAUUUAUCGUACUUAUAGCAUUUUUUUCUCUCCAAAUAACAGUUGUAUGUAUUUCUGAUUUCUGUGCUUGGAGAAUUAAACUCGAUAAAAUAUCAAAUAAUUUAUAGUGUAUUAUGGUACUUAAAAUUCAUCUUAUACCACACAUUUUAUUCCUACAUCAUGUAUUUUACAUUACCACUCAGUAUGUACUAUAUGUUUAAACAAGUAUUAGUGUGUCAGAUGUUUCAAACAGUGUUUUUGAUCAAUCAAUUUAUGAAAGUGGUUGUCAAUCAUGACUAUUUAUAUUAAAAAUCAUAUGUAAUUCUAUACUUGAAUCAUUGUGGACCUAUUUCGAACAAUACCUAUUUAAAAUGUUCUGAAGUUAAAAUUAUUUUCAAUAUCCAGUUUACCCUGGUAUCUUCAUUCAACAUACAUAUACAUAGUAACCUAGAUAAUAAUAUUAGUCUUAAGGAUGCUUUAUUCUCACAAUUAUGAAGUUAUUAGGUACUUUUCUUGUGGUAUGUGUAUUAACAUACAGAAGAAUUACUGUACACACUAGAUUGUAAAUUGUAAAUAACUGAUUUCCAGGAUAAAGGAAAAAUUAAGAAAAAAAUGGAAAAAGUUUAAAUUGAUAGUGCUUUGAAAUUAUAUUUUAUUUUCAGUAUAAAAAUAUCAUUCUAACACAAACCUGAACAGUUAUCAUCAGAUUAAGACAACUUUCAGAAACACUUAUUUAUUUGUUAUGGUAAAUCUUAGGUUAACUAGAACAAAUUAUUGUGCAACCUAUAUGAAUUACACGAAAAAUAUGUUUGUGAAAAUAUUUGUUGUAUUAAAUGUUUGUGAAAUCAAGAUUAGACUUGUUUGUGUGCCAAGGAAAUAUGGCAGACAUCAAUCCCCACCUUAACGGAUAAUCAGAUAAGUAUUGUUCUCUUGAAAACUGUAAUGUGGUGUGUAGACUUUGAAAUAAAACUCCAGAAAUGUUAAAACAGGUAGGAUAAACAAGAUCUAGUAGAAAAAAAGGAAAAAAACCCUGAAGAAAAACAAAUACAUUUCAACAAAUUCCCAUAAUUAAGUAAGCUUUUCAAAACAAAACGAAAAUUUAAAAUACCCCGAAAAACAAAAAAAAAAACUUUUACCUUUUUUUCCAUUCAUAUUGUCAUGAGAAAAAUAUCUUAUGCAGAAAGCAUGUAACUACCAAGGGAGACGCUGUGAGAGUUAAGAUGUUUUGUUCACAAGGAAAAAUAAAAAACAGUUGACUUAUGUGACAAAUAAAUGCAACAAGGCUAUGUGUGCACUACACUCACCACUGAACUUAGACCUACUUCAUUGUUUAACUCCUAGCUUUUGCAGUGCUUUGUGUAGAAAUUCUCAGAAAUUUUGUCACCAAGUUAUGCGCAAGCAUUCUUUUUUAAUUUUACCUCCCUUAUAUAAUGCAAACACACAGACUUACAGUAGAUAAAUAUUGUGAAUAAGAAAGAUCAGGUGUUCCAAAUACUUAUCAGAAAUUAAUUGCACUUUACUGUAAGCUUCAACAGGACUUAGAAGCCUAUGCAGUCAUGACUUUUGCCCUGUAGCUGGGGGAUUUUGUUCAAAUUAAAAUUCAUGUAAAAACAUUUUAGCGAGAAAAAAAACAAUACAGUGUUACAUGUGUAUUACUAAAAUAGCAUAUUCAUUGAUAUUUCACAAAGUCAUCCUUGUUUAUACAUGUCUAUGCUCCCUACCUCGUAUCAAAGUAUUAAUUUCUAUCUUACCUAGUACAAAUUUAUUGUUUUGCCUCCUUGUGUAUGCUUGCGAAUACCUAGGCCAAAUAAGUGUAUGAAAUACAUGUUUUUUUCCCUCUUGUCUUUGUUUUAUUUUUAAGUUUUAAUCUCUUUCAUUUAACCAAAGACAAAUUUUAACUUUGAUUUUUAAUUUAAUGAGAGAAAUUCUUGAUUUAUACCAGUUUUGGUAAAUGAUGUUUGAACAUGCACAUAAUUUGUUUUCAUUUGUCUUCACCACUGACACUGUGUUUAUGUGACUAUUUCUGUUGAACAAAUGCCCUGUUGUGAUCAAAGAGGUUUUUGAUUUUUUCUUACCAGAUGUGGGAAAGGUUUUGCAGGACAUUUCAGUAAAAACCUUUGUAAUUAUGCUUAAUGAUACAACCAUACUUACAAACUGAAGUAAUGCUUUAUGUUUUCUCUAGAGAAAACAAAGUAAUUUAAUUUGUUUUCCUAACUUAAUCUUUUGUCUGUACAAACACAGAAUUCAGCCAAAAUAUUGCUUUGAAUUACCUCUUUAUCCACAACUGAAUUAAACAUAUUUAAAAGCAGGAAAAAGUCAAUAGAAUUCAAUUUGAAUCAUUAAAAAAAAAAACAGGGGAAAAAAUUAGAUUAUUAAGAAAUGCCAUUUCAACCUGUGCAUUUUCAGUGUUCGAUGUCUAGACAAGCUUGCAGGACUCCAGUAUUUAAUAUGAUAGUAAUCACCAUCAUAAUAAUAUCCUUUCUCACAAGUCAGAAAUUACAAACCAAACUUUAAAAAAAAAAAAAAAAACCAAUCAGACAGUCUUAAUUUUAAAUCAGAUAUAGUGAAAAAGACUCCCAAAUCAGACUGUAGCAGUAUAUUUGCUAAUAAACUACCUCAAUUUUGUAAAAUGAUUAAAUCCUCAAGUCAAUAGUUCUGAGUUUUAAGUUGUAGAUUCCAGUGAGUUGUAACUCCUUACUGUAAUGAUAGAGACAAGUCACUUUGGAAGUUCAGAACGUUUAAGAGAACAUAUUACCGUAUGUUUAGUGAAGUGUUAAGAUUUAGAUAAGAACAAGUAUGUAGUCAAUUUUUACCAAUUGUGUUUAUUCAUUUUCAUCAAGUUGCCCAUUUCAAUUCAUUUGAAGUUUAUCCUUGAUAUGUGUCAUCUGCAGUGUUUUAUAUCUUCAAACUCGCAAAGAAUCCAUAAGGCCCCCAUAGAGGCUGGCUGCAUCAUUAUCCUCUACAAUUUCAUACAAGAACACUUCCAAUAUAUGUUUUUGCUGCGUAAAAUGUGUCUAGUGUUGAUAUACAGGACAUUUUUAGCCGUAAGAAACAGUGUAACAUGAAACGGUGUAGCCUGUGAAUAUAUUACUGCAUGUGGUCCAUGUUCCCUGUGUAGUUUUAUUGCUGAUAUGUGCGUGCGGAAGUUAUUGUAGGAUACAUAUGUCCAGGUUUGGAACCAAUAAAAGCUGUUACUGUGCAA